AUGCCACAACCCACAGAAGAAAGAUGGAAACAAAUUGCAAAUGAUUUUUGGACCAAUAGGAAUUUUCCGAAUUGUAUAGGUGCAUUGGACGGAAAACACGUCACUACUCAAGCACCACCAAAUACUGGUUCAAAUUUUUUUAACUAUAAAAAAACAUUUUCUGUCGUGUUACUUGCAUUAGUUGAUGCACAGUACAAUUUUAUAGCCGUAGAUGUGGGUGCUUAUGGAAAAAACAGUGAUGGCGGAAUAUUAGCACACUCUAACUUGGGAAAAUCGUUAGAAAAUGGUUCGUUAAAUAUUCCAAAAGAUGAAUUUUUACCUGGAACAACCAUUUCUGCUCCAUACGUUAUAUUAGGAGACGAAGCGUUUCCUCUGAAAACGUACUUGAUGCGACCAUAUCCAUAG